ACCAUCAGCAUCCGCGGUCGGCCAUUUUGUGAGUGUGUGCUCGAUUGAAUAUUUGUAUUGAGAAGCUUUUGCAGUAAAACCGAAUGAUUUAGUUUAUAGAUAAGCUUAUUUAGCGUAAUAUUAUAUGUGCUAAAAGUGUAUUAUAUUUUUCGGAUAUUGGAUAGAUCUAUAAAAUGGAGGAAAAAGCUUCACUGAAAGAGUUGGAUCAGUGGAUAGAACAAUUAAAUGAUUGCAAACAACUGACAGAAAGCCAAGUGAAAACUCUAUGCGACAAGGCAAAAGAGAUAUUAGCAAAAGAAUCAAAUGUACAAGAAGUAAAAUGUCCAGUAACUGUGUGUGGCGAUGUACAUGGUCAAUUUCAUGAUUUAAUGGAAUUAUUUAGAAUAGGAGGCAAAUCUCCAGACACAAAUUACCUAUUUAUGGGUGAUUAUGUUGAUCGUGGAUAUUACUCCGUUGAAACAGUUACUCUGCUUGUUGCUUUAAAGGUAAGAUAUCGUGAAAGAAUAACGAUUUUACGAGGUAACCACGAAUCCAGACAAAUCACACAAGUAUAUGGAUUCUAUGAUGAGUGUUUACGCAAAUAUGGCAAUGCCAAUGUAUGGAAAUUCUUUACGGAUUUAUUUGAUUAUUUACCACUGACUGCUCUGGUUGAUGGUCAAAUAUUUUGUUUACAUGGUGGACUAUCACCUUCAAUUGAUACCUUAGAUCAUAUAAGAGCUUUAGAUCGUCUACAAGAAGUUCCCCAUGAAGGCCCUAUGUGCGAUUUGUUAUGGUCAGAUCCUGAUGAUAGAGGAGGAUGGGGUAUUUCUCCUAGAGGAGCUGGAUAUACUUUUGGUCAAGAUAUAUCAGAAACAUUUAAUCAUUCGAAUGGUCUUACACUGGUAUCAAGAGCUCACCAAUUGGUUAUGGAAGGAUAUAAUUGGUGUCACGAUCGUAAUGUUGUAACUAUCUUCUCUGCUCCUAAUUAUUGCUACCGUUGCGGUAAUCAAGCCGCGAUUAUGGAACUAGAUGAUGCUUUGAAAUAUUCAUUCCUUCAGUUUGACCCAGCACCAAGGCGUGGAGAACCACAUGUCACUAGGCGGACACCAGACUACUUCCUUUAAAGAGUUCAGUUUUAAGGAAGUAGUUACCAAGGUAGGGGAAAGAAUAUCUGAUUUUAUAGAGAUGCCACCGAACAUAAUUUAUGAUACAACAUCAGCAUCAGUAUAUAAUUUGUUCUUACUUUGUGGUGUCUCUUCAAAAGAUAUAAUACAUGCUUGUUCAAUGCGAGCAAGUUCCAUGCCACAUAUAGACACAACAUUCAUUGUACACAUAAGGAAUACAAUAAUGUAUACACAUACCAAGUAAAUUCACCUGCAACAUUGAGUUUUUUCAACCAUCAUUAUACUGCUUGUAUUUUUAUUAUCGAGAAAUAUAAAGAAAACUGAACCAUAAUAGGUAGUGCGAACAAAAUAUGUAUGUUUGAUAUUGCUUUGAAACCUUUAAUGAAUAUUAAUUUACUACAAACUGUUUGUAUGAGCAAUAUGUUCAAUAAGCAUAAAUUUAGAUAACAAUAUCACUUAAGGUUUCAAAGAAUAAACUCAAAUGAUCAUAGUUUUUAAUUAAGAGAAUAUCACAUAAUUGAUUGUAUAAAUGGAAUCUAGAAUGUUCCAUUGAAAAUAAAAAAUAAAUGAAUAAUAAACAGGG